GGACAACAGUCAUCUGUCAUCGAGAAAACAGCUUGUGCCCUCAAAUAGAACAUAUCGCGAGAAGUCAAUACAUCAUCACUAAUACCAUAUUCCACAAAAUUUACAAAUUGGGAAUAAAUGGACAAAAACAUACUCAUCGAAUCGCACACCGGAAUACGAUACGGUUAUCAGUGACACAAGGUUGUUUUCCUCGCUGUCGCGGGUGUGAAUCAGUUGCCAUAAACGAAACUGCAGUAUACGUGCAAAACAAACACUGCGAGAUUAGCAAAUCUUAGCUCGGAUCUGUGGAAAACAGCGCAGGAGAAUAUGUACUGCUUACAAUGUUUGAUACCGGUGUUGCUGAUUCCGAAACCGACAAAUCCGGCUCUCAUGCAGACACACGUCAUGUUCAUUGUCCUCUAUCUGAUAGGAUUCUUCCUGGAACGGAAACCGUGCACUAUCUGCAGUCUAGUCUUUCUCGCAGCGGUCUUUCUCAUAUGCAACAGCGGAGUCGGAAACUGUCUAUUCUGGGGAAAUUGUGAGGGCCAUGCAUGUGACAAUGGCUGAGAGAGGAGCACUCCUGAUAUUCGCAACGAUAUGGCGCUCGUUGAGAAAGGUGCCAAAACAAUACCUACUCUCCAUAAUUAAUUUCCUCAAAACGCAAAUGUGUUUUUAUGUAAAGAUAAACAAAAACAAGCUAACAACAACAAUUCAACCAAAGUUUGUAUUCUAGUUUCGUUUAAAUGCAACACAAGCGAAAUAAAAUAAAACAACGAGAAACAAAAAUAAAUUGCAACUAAUCCUGGUCAGUUUAGGUCUAAAUUUUUUAACCUUUUAGAGCAGCAGAUAUUUGGAACGUAGAACCCCAGGAAGAGUCGAUGAAUUUCUUGCAGGAAGUGAUAUCAUAAAUCUCGUACACUUAGACGAAAUGUGGCAUGUUUAAUUCGUGAUUUUAAUUUUAUACGAAUUCUAGAUAAGGUCGUAAUUUUUUUAAAAGAAUGUAAACGAAAAUGUGUUUCGUAAUUCGUAACUAAACACUAACUAACGCAUGAGCGAGGGAACGCAAUGAAUCAAAAGACCGUGUUAGCCUAUUUUCACUAAACAUUUUUCCGAAGCGUUGUACAUAGUGUAUUGAACAUAUUUUUGUAAUAUUUAUUUUUGUAUUAACUUUGCAACAUAGGUUAGCGUGUUGAAUAUUACAAAGAAUUAAUAGAAACUAGAUAUCGAAGUGGAACCAUCAAUAAACACUGUGUACAGAGGUUAGCGAACUAAUUCGGAAGAAAGAAACCACCCUAAGCUUUAUAUGACAACCACAGAUAACUGUCCAGUUGAAUUUUACAUCUUUCUUAUAGGUGAAGUGAAGUUAUUAGUUUCAAAGAAGACUGCACAGUAUAUCUUAUCACAACAAACGCAGACGAAUUGUCGAUGACCAAUUGCCGUUAUUUUUAUCUUAUCAUUUUAUCUUCGAAUUGACCGCUAAUGGAUGAAUUGCAAAAGCAAUACUCCAAGCUGGUAGCAAAAUACAUUUCAAACGCAAUUUUUAUAUGAGCAUGAUAUGUCUUGUACGAGAAUUUGAACAGAAUCUAAUCUAAGGAAUCUAAGCAAGCUUACUUUAUAAAUUUUAAAGUACAAAAAGCAGAAUAUUAUUUGGUUGUUUGUGAAGCGGAUUAUUUUUAAAUAACACAUUCUUGUUUCGCCAUCCAAAUUGGAAAGAAAUAUCUUUUUUCCUCAUCAGUUAAAGUUCCAUCAUUCAACCAGUUAAAGUUCAAUUGCAUUCAACCGAAAAUGUGCUUCAUCGCUAAAGCCCUAAAUCGAGUCGAUAAAAAUCGACAAUCACUAUCAUAUCGAGCAAAAUUUCGUAUUUUGUAAACCGAGAUAAUACUAUCGAUUCUGCUACCCAAAUAUGCAUGGUUGACGCACGUGCCAAAUGUGUUAAAUCAAGGAAAGAAAGAAAGGAAACGUCUGAU